AUGGAUGACAUUGAUAGUGGUCUUGGUGCAGGCAUUACCCUUCUUUCUGAUGGACACAAGUUGAGCAUUGGGGUUGCUAGAAGUAGAAGCUUUUUCUGGAGGCCUGUCAAAGCUAGUACUAAACAGAAGUUCAAACAUGUAAUGGAAAAGAUCAAAUCUUUAGAUACUCAAGCAUAUGACUACCUUAUAGAUAGAGAUCCUACUACAUGGUCUAAGGCAUUUUUUAAAGAGGGAAGAGAUUGUGAUGCGGUUGGGAAUGGGGUGAGUGAGAGUUUUAAUUAUGCUAUUAGGCAUUCUAGAAGGAAACCAAUCAUCACUAUGUUAGAGGAGAUUAUGAUAUUUGUGAUGGAGAGGAUAUACAGUAAAAGAGUAGAAGGAAAUGAAUGGGAUUUGACUAUCUGUACAAGUAUUAGGAAGCUUAUACAAGACUUGAAGGUUAAACAGAGAUUGUGGGGGGUUACUCCUUGUGGUUAUCAAAAGUAUGAAGUUAGGUUCAAUGAUACAGCAUAUGGAGUGGAUCUACUUGCAAAGACUUGUGCAUAUAGAAUAUGGAAACUUACAGGGAUACCAUGCUUACAUGGAGUAUCUGCAAUCUAUUCCUUGAAUAAACAUGCAGAAACAUAUGUGUCCCAAUCAUAUAGUAAAAAGGCUUAUCUAAAAUGCUACAAUUAUAGCAUUAACCCUCUCAAUGGUAGUGAUAUGUGGCAAGAAGUUCCUUAUCAAAGGCCUUUACCUCCCGAAAAAAGAAGAUUACCUGGUAGGCCAUCAGUGAAAAUGCAGAGAGAUGCAAUGGAAAAAGAGUUGAGUGGCCCAGUUAGACAUUCUGUGACAAGAAGGGGAGCCCUGAUAAGGUGUAGUAUUUGCAAGGAAUCAGGCCAUAACAAGAAAAAGUGUCCAUCUAAGCACUAA